ACCCUUCUCUUUCUGCUCCCUUUUCAUUUUGCUCCCUAAUCAUCCAGACAGACCAGUUUGUGCCGCGCAGCCAGCCAGCCACAAGCAGUAGGUAUUCUCUCCACAUGUCUGUGCAGGUUUAUUUUUUAUUUAAUUAUAUAAUUAGCGUUAUAUAACAGUUAAGAGUCAAGACAUCUGCACGUUUGACCGAAAACAGCUUGACAUUUUACGGAAACCUCCAAGCUCCUCCAUUGUCCCGCUUUCCAGACGCAUCCUAACAGUAAUACCACCACCUCCACUACCACCACCUCCACCACCACCGACACAUCACCACCACCACCACUGACACACCAACAUCACCCUUAUCAUGCUGGCAGGCUAGGCCUGUCUCCCAAGCUGUGUCCCACUCGAGACUGAGGCAGCUUCUCCCACGGAGCUCCACACCCCCAGGGGGACCACCACAGAGAUGGCUGAUUCCGACCCCUCGUCCCCCUCCGAUCCACCACAGCCUCUGAGCUCCCCCCGUACUCCCCUCUCCCUGUUCUUCCCCUUCCUCAGGCAGGGAAGUCGGGUGUGGGAAAGGGAGAGGAAACCCCCCUUGAUGCCAGGCGAGCUACCCAGUCCUCUGCCCACCAAACGCACUCGCACAUACUCAGCGACGGUGCGGGCCAGAUCAGGCCCAGUGUAUAAGGGCGUGUGCAGGACCUUCUACAGGUGCCAGGGUCAUGGCUUUAUAAAGCCCUCCAACGGUGGAGAGGAUAUCUUUGUACACAUCUCUGAUAUCGAUGGAGAAUAUGUUCCGAUGGAAGGCGACGAGGUCACGUACAAAGUCUGUUCCAUCCCCCCCAAGAACCAGAAGAUGCAGGCGGUGGAGGUGAUCAUCACCCACCUGGCCCCAGGAACCAAGCAUGAGACCUGGUCUGGACAGAUCAUCAGCUCCUAGACCUCCACCUGCACCUUCAGAGAGGCGGUGUGGGGAAGACUGGAGGGUGGGGUUGGGGAGGGAAGGGAAGGUGGGAAGGAGCCUGGCUAGGUAAAGGGGAGGGAAGAGGGAGAAGUGGAGUCCAGGGUAGGGAGAGAAGGCAGGGAAGGAAGGAGCCUAGAGAGGUAAACGGGCAAGGGGAGCAGACGAAGGAGUGAAUAAGUAAAGGGGUUGGAAUGAGGUAUAAGGCUUAAGAUGGUUUUAAGUAGGUUUCAGUUGGAAUGUGAAUGAGGAAAAGUAAAUGAUUUAAUUUUAAGAAAAAAUAUCAAGGUUAACUUUGAUUUAAGAUUAAAGGUUGAUGGUUUAUUUAUGAUAAUUUAAAAUAAAAGUUGUCGAGUAAGUUUAAUAAAUCACUGUGGUAGGGAAAAUGUGAAACAGAGCAUCAAACCUUCCUAAAUUGUAUUGUUUUUAUUCAUACUUUUGAUUGAUUGACUUAUUUAUUUUCCAUUUGUUAUGACAGGUGAGGUAGAUGUUGUUGAUCAGAUUAUUUAUAAAUGUGUGUCUUUGUGCCAAUAUAUACCUGGUCUAACCCAUUACACAAUUCACUCUGAUGAUACUGCCCUGGUAACACCUACUCCUUCAGUCUAAUGUUGACCAAUGACCAUUUAUUCAUCUUUGUAACAGAGUUACUGAUGAUUACUAUAUGUGGUUCAAACCCCAUUUUUUUAUCAUUAAAACCAAUGCUAUCCAGAUUAA